GCACAUUACCGACUUCCUGCACCGAGGAGGUUAUUAGAACCGCGCGCUCAUGGCAGCUAAUGAUUAUCACGGUUACCUGCGGAACCAUAUGGACAUGGAAAACGGGGGAUCGCGCUUCCAGCCACCGACCCAAAGCGCCCAUAAGCCGCUGAUUUUCGGCACGCUGGCCGUGAUGGGGCUGCUGCAGGUCGCGUCCAGUGUCACCAUUCUGCUGCACUUGACCGGUUAUCUCCGCGAGGUCGACCUUUCUUCAGCUCAGCCUAUAGAGGAAGUUCAUUCUGAACCCAUAAUCGCAGGUGCAUUCAGAGACAUCAAGAAAAAGGAAAAACCCCGAAAAAAAGAUCAAAUACCCAUAGCACACCUUUCUGUCAAGACGCCCAUGGACUUUGCAAGCACUGACUCCAAGGUUGUGACAACUAUCCAAUGGAACCAGAAUCAUGGCACGCUGAUAAAGGUCAAUUACCAUGAUGGACGAUUUGUGAUGAAGGAACAAGGAUUGUAUUACGCUUAUUGCAAGACCUGUUUCCGGUAUGCUCCUGAUCACGCCUCAAAGAAACAGGACGUUAGCAACGUCCAGCUGAUUCAGUAUAUUUUCCAUGAGAGUCACACCCAGUCUAAUCUCAAACCUGUGCUGCUUUCAAAGAGUGGCGGGACGUUCAACUGGAGUGACCCAAAAUACAACAUGUACUGUGUGCAACAAGGAAGAAGUGUCCGGUUGGGAGAAAGUGAUGGCCUUUUUGUCAACGUGUCCAAUUCAUGGCUGUUGGAUCCAGAACCCGAGGGGACUUACUUUGGUGUUUUUAAAAUGAACACCUGACUUUUGUUUAUUUUUGCUACUGAACUGGUUUAUGCACAUUUUACAACCUUAUGAACAAUUUCCACAUGACCAAGAACCACUGAGCACUUAUAUUUUAGAUCACUGACUUCUGACUUUUUUCAAUAUUGGUUUAUAUUGUACAUCAUUAAGGGCACAUCAGACUGUUCACUUUUGUUAUAAACAUUUUGGCAUGUUAACAUUAACUGCCUCAGUUGGUUAGACUGCAUUGCUACUUCAUUGCAGACUUCACUUGCUUUUUAUACUUUUGUACAAAACUUUGCAGUAAAAAAAUGAGUUUGUGCGUGUUAAAUCUAGGAACACACUUCUCGAUAUACAGUAUGUCACCUGAUAAUCACUUGGGGUAGUUAAUUGUGGAAGUUCAAGGGAUUGCUGUAAGUGGCUGGUCAGAGUUUGGAAUUGCAGCAGUUUGCGGUCACACCUUGAAAUAAUGGUUUUUAGUCCCAUUUAUUCGACUACAUAAACAGUGUCCGUAUGGUAACAGAGCUGAAGCAGGUGUAUUAAGCAGGUAAAACACAUGCAGUCCUCUCAGAUCUGAGAUUGGAACCACUGCUUAAAACCUUCAAUUAAAUAUUUCUUAGUCGAAGUCCUGGAGCAAAUUUGGCACUGAUUUUGAAACACCUAAUUGAUACAAUGUUAAAAGAUGAACAAAAAGGCUGUUAGAGGUCUGAUUUGUGCCUUAGUUAGUUAUAUAAAUGGGAUUUUUGUUGGUUAUACAAAAUUUCUUUAAACAAAGUGAAACAAAAUCAAAGAUAGCUGGACUGUCUUUUAGUCAUUGUGAGAGCAGAAAAGAUUGACAUGAAUACAGUGAACCAAACUGAGUUUGGUACAUGCUAAUUUAAAGAGUUCUUUUUCAUUUCACUCUUUUUGGGGGAGAUGAGAAAAUGCACUAAAUGUAUUUAUUUAUUUUUUAUGAUGAACAUAGAGAUGGACAUUUGUAAAAUGUUCUGUCUUAUUCUAAAACUCUUGUACAGUGUGUAUGUCUGUCUCAGCUCCUUUCUUUUCACAUGUUUUGGAUGACAUGCAUUGACUGUAGGUCAGUUGUAAAUGCGCUUUUUUGCAAAUGGGGGAAGCACAGGGCUCCUUUUAAACCUUAUUUUGAGUGGUUUCUCAUUAAAGAAACUUUGUAUUUAUGUAUCUUGUAUUUGACAAUUCUGUGCACAAAUUCUCAUUCAAAGCAGCAUUUAUUGCUGUACAACAUACAAGUUAAAUUUCAAACUUAAAAUUUUAAAGAUUUUUCAUAUCAACAAAUGUUUAGUUUAAUAGUAUUGUUUAUUUAUAUCAUUCAAACUAAUAAAAAAAACUUUUCUAAAUAUGCCAAAAA